AUGGUGAGGACACGAAAAAAUAUCGAAAAUAUGGAAAUUUAUGACUACAUGAAGGAACUGAAUGAAAAAAUAUGGACCUACCUAUUCGAAGACUCUCUAGCACAUGAGGCAAUAUUACACUCCCUAAACGAGUUAGAACAAAUUAUCAUCUCAAGACUCUUGUUCAUACAGCAGGUGGUGUCCGAAAGAGCUAUGCGCUUGUGGAUUAACCCCAACUCUUUAAAAAAAUUAAGUGAAUGCAUAAAAAAUUUGGUGGAAGCGAAAAUACUUGUAGAAAGCGAAACGAAAAAGGAUAAUUAUAAUCAGUACAGAAUAAAUGAAAAAUUCAGAUAUACAAUGCUCAACAAAAUUUAUAAAAAUAGAGAAGACAAAAUUUUUAUAUUUAAUAAUAACGCUAAGGAACAAAUGGAAAAAGAAAAAAAUCUGCUUGAAAAUAAUUUAUAUCCAACGAAAGAAGAAAUUGUCAACUAUACACACAUGAGGUGGAACAACUUGCUCCAUUUUAUUGCAUCCCCAAAGUUAGGUCAUAUGAACAAUUACAUGAUUUACAAUAAUGGCAUACCUGUGGAGCACAGACAAGAGGUAUACCCUCCAUAUGCUACCUCCCCAGACCAUCGAAAUGAUGACCGAGGUGACCCAAACAGGAAUAAAAAUGUAGACAAAGGCCCCUCUUCUUCUUACACCCCUUCGACGAAAGGAAAGAAAAAAAAUCAGACAGACGAUGAGGAGUAUCGGCCCCCUGGCCACUUCCUCUACGGAGGAAACACUCACAAUGUUAUGAAUUACGCCGUGGGAAAGGAGGAACAUAACGAAGACGGUGACGAGGGGGAGGACGACGACGGGGAAGAAAAUGGCGAUGGCCACGGGGAUGACAACGACGAGUAUGAACACGAAGAUGACGAUGAGGGGGAUAAUUCACACAACGAAGAGCACACCGCGCAGGAGGCAAACAAAAACUAUACCGAAAAAUAUGAGAAAGGGCAAAAUGAAAAUGUCAAAUAUGAUCAGUACGGGUACUACUACGAACAGGCUCCACCGGUCGAAGCUCCCCCAAUGGGAAGCGCACACCACCUGAACAACUAUGAAGCAUAUGAAUAUUAUACCCAUCAUAGUAAUAAAAAAAAGAAGAAGAAAAAAAAAAAGGGAGUUUAUGCAUCCAAGCAAAAUGAUCUGUAUUAUAAGAGCUUGCAAAAUGUGGAAAAUGGAUACCUCGAGGAAGACAAUAAUGAAUAUUCUUUUUUCUAUUCAAGUGCAAAAAACGAAACCUUCCCCUCGUACACUCCAUGCGAUAGCCUAAUUGAAGUGCUCAAGAGAAAAAACUUCAUCCUAGAAGAUCAUGCGAAUAGCAACAAGGCAGUGAACAUGAGUCGGGAAGCCUUCUCAUGGUUCCUCAAGGAUAUACGAAGCAGGAUAAUUUCCCUCGUGCUCGAAUAUUUGCUCAUCAUAGACGAUGGCUACGUCACAAAUGUUGCACGGGAAAUUACGACCAAAUAUAAGAAGGACAAUAAUAGCGCAGACGCUGUUAGUGGUGCAGGCAGUUCUGCAAAUGGCCAGAACACGGAAAGUGAUUACCAUGCAUAUUCCAAUUAUACGCACAGUACCGCUUACCCCGAGCACCGCGGAAGCAACGACCUGUACAGUGACAAGGUUUAUACACACCAUCAAGAGCAGGUAAAAACUGAUGGAGGCGGAAACCCUUGUUAUGUGACGAAAGAAAACAAGGACCAGAAACAGUCAGAACUAUAUGUGAAGGAAACCCUAUUGCUCAUCCUAUCCAUUAGUCAGUGCACCAUUAGUCACCCCAUAUACCUCGAUAAUUUAACCAAGGCGCAGAAGGAAUUUAUAAAUUUUGGCAUCCACAUUGGUCUUUUUUUAAAGCGCACUGAGGACUACGUCUUUGUAACUCCCUACGCUUUGCUUCUAACCAUUAAUAAUUUGAAUGUACAUAAUUACGUAGCUGUCAUGAACAGCCUAACAGUUGAAGGGUUGUCUGAAAGCGCAUACAACGAGUAUACGGUCCAUGGUGAGGAUGGAGUGGAUAAUCAUCUGCCCAGCAAUGGAAGCAAUGUUUUGGCCACACGCACCAUAAGUAUGGGUAGACAUGGCCACACUGAUGGGGGGGUGAAGAAGAUAAGCGAAAAAUAUUUUCAUCACUACUCCCUAUUACAAGAGGAAAAGAAAAGACCCCCCACAACAAGUGGUGAUACCCAUCACAAUAAUGAUAAAGCAAAAUAUACACACGAAUUAGCUAACCAUAAUUAUUUAUCCCCAGAAAAAAAAAUAAAUGGAAACAAUAAUCUCGAAAUGGGAUUAAUUGUGCAGAGCAAUUUUAAAGUCUACCUCUACACAAAUUCAACAUUGAAAAUAAAUAUUCUCAGUCAUUUAUGUGAAUUACAGGCAAGGACCCCAAACAUGGUAGUAGGUAUUUUAACCAGAAGGAGUGUGCUAAAUGCAUAUAACUCAGACAUCACUGCAAAUCAAAUUAUUAAAUUUUUGGAGUCCUAUGCUCACCCAGGCAAAAGCAAUUUUAAAAGCUCCAUACCUGUUAAUGUUAUUACCCAAUUGAAACUGUGGGAAUCGGAACGACAUAGAUUAACACUUGACGAUGCCAUCGUCUUUAAGUCUUUUGAAAAAGAAUUCCUCCCUCACCUGUAUCAGCAAAUCGUGGUCUGGGCUAAUAGUAAAAAUUACCUAUUGCAUUAUACACCCUGGCCAAAAAAUGCCAACUCCCCAGAAUUCGACGCUUGGAUGAAGUCGGAAAAGUACCUCUGCUGCAUUUACGAUUCCAAAAAUGAAAUCAUCGAUAAGAUUAAGGAGAUUAGGGAGAAACUCAUGAAGAAGCGCCAAAACGCAUAG